UCAAAUUACCAAGGGGUUACUUUGUGGAAUUAAACAAAAUAACAAAAUUCAUCUGGGGAGAGGCAAACUCUCAAAGGAGAUAAUCUAUCAACAAGCGUGUGUGUGUUAAGUACCAAGCACGGGGACAGCAGGGGACCCAGACCAAAAUGAAGGGGUCCCUCUCUUUUCUGGAGAGCCUAGCCUACAUUCUAGCGGAGGACGCAGCAUCCACGUGUAUAAGGGCAUGUAGAAUAAACAGGUAGACAUGGAGGGAGAUGAUCAGCGGUUGCUGAGAUGGAGAAAGGCUUCAGGGAGAUGGUGUCUGAGCUGAAUUCGUCGUGGGUUCUAGAUGCAGAGACGGAGGGAAGGCAAUCCAGGCGGGAGAGGUGGCUUGGGGUAAAGAAAUAGAAAAGGGAAACGGCUUUUCCUCUGGGAAGAACGGAGAAGUCAGUUUGGAAGCACCGUAGAGCGCAGGAAGGGGAAUAAAGUAAUGGAGCCGGAAAGGUAGCGCGGGACCGGGCUGGGAAGGGCCCCAAAGAGGAAGUUUCGAAUUUAUCUUGAGCAACGGGGAGCCAGAGGAGUUCAUUGAGAAGGGGAGUGAGAGGGUAGCUCAACAGUGAAGGAAAAUCCCUUCGGCGGUUAGGUAGAAAAUAGAGCGAAAUGGAGGGUGAUUUUAAGUAGGGAAACUAAAGGAGUCCCGCAGUAGUCAUCAGUCUGAAAGGUGAGAGAGGGCUGAGGCGGAGGAGACGAGAGAAGGAAGUGCGUGGAGAGAUGGGCUGGAGGUCCGAGAGAGAAAAUGUGGCAACCGACGGGGCUGCGAAGCGCUCCGAGGCGGGAGAAAGCGAAGGCGGCUAAGCCGGGGGACUGGCAAAGGGCGGGGGGAGUGCGGGGCUUGGAGGAAAGAGGGAGAGUCCGAGGAGGGAGAGGCAAGGGUAACGAGCUCGGUUUUGUACGUGUGGAAAUCGAGACCUUCAAGGGGCACUUCAAAAUGGAUGUCCCGUAGUCAGUAAUGAUGAGGGAAUAGAGUCCGACAGAGCGACAGGGAGGGGGAGAGGGGGAGAGGGGGAGAGGGAGAAAACAAGAGGGGGAAGAGGAGAGAGACAGAGAGGAAGAAGGAGGAGAGAGAGAAAGAGAAAGAGACAGAGAAACAAAGACAGACGGAGACGGAGAGAGACAGAGAGAAGGGCUUUUCACAUAAAGAUGAUAAACCCAGAAACGCUAAGGUCCGCGGGAGAAUAGAGAGCACACCUACAAGAAGGAGGCGGGCUGGGGAUGACAAGCCAGGUGGGACGUUCUAGACUCUAUUCCCCGCCAGACCUUCGGAGGGCAGGUGCCUCCCCGGCCGAGGGCCCGCGAGAGCCCCCUAGUCCCGGUCCUCUCUAGGUCGCCCGGUUCCCUGGGAUGCCUUUGCCGCAUCCCCCAGCCUCCGCUCCCGGCCGGAGCUGGCGGGGAUGCGGCCCCCCCUCCCCUGUCUCCCCCCACCGGGAGAGGAGGGUAGUCGGGCUCGGGGCGGGCACCGGGAAGCCGGGCCCCCAGUGGCGGCUGGGGGCUCGAGGCUCCGCCCCUCCUCGCCCCGCCCUGGCCUAGGGCAGUUCCGAUAAGGGGUAACCGAUGUCACUGGGCGCGGGGGGCGGGGCCUGGGGCAAGGGGGCGGGGCGGGGCGGCUCGCGGACGCGCGUGCGUCCCGGGGAAAAUGUUGCGCAGGUUCUAAAAUGGAACGUCGGCGGCGGCGGCGUGAGUGAGCGCGAGGGGGUGUGUGGCCGUGACCGUGGCCGUGGCUGUGGCUCUGCGGGCUGUGGGUGCGUGUUUGUGUGCGAGUGUGCGCGCCUGCCCGGGACCCCGCGCACCCUCGAGUGGCAGCGGCAGCCCCAGCCGCCGCCGCCGCCGCCGCCGCCGCCCGCUCCCGAACUCCGGGGUUUUCUGGCCGGCCGCCCCCGCCGCCCUCCCGCAUGGAGCUGUCUGCUAUCGGGGAGCAGGUGUUCGCCGUGGAGAGUAUCCGGAAGAAGCGCGUGCGCAAGGGUAAAGUGGAAUACUUGGUCAAGUGGAAAGGAUGGCCCCCAAAGUACAGUACAUGGGAGCCAGAGGAACAUAUCCUGGACCCUCGCCUUGUCAUGGCGUAUGAGGAGAAGGAAGAGAAAGAUCGUGCAUCCGGGUGUAGGAAAAGAGGCCCGAAGCCCAAACGGCUGCUGCUGCAGGAAGCAGAGCAAGGCCCAGAAGUACCUGCGGCUGUCCCGAAAGAAGUUCCUGCCCCGCCUGGAGGGCCGUGGCCAGCUUAGAGAGGCCUUCCUGGAGGAGCCCGCCGCCCAAGAGGCCACGCAGGACCCCGGCGAGUGGGACGAGGCCACGGCCACCGCCACCCCUGAUGAGCAGCGCCCUGGCAAGGAGGGUGGUGACCUGACUGAAGGGGGCCCUCCCUGGAUCCCCACGCACCCCCCUUCCGAAGUGACGGUGACUGAUAUCACAGCCAACUCCAUCACCGUCACCUUUCGGGAAGCACAGGCCGCCGAAGGCUUCUUCCGGGACCGGAGCGGGCAGCUCUGAACUUCUCCAUUCUGACCCCCCCCUUAAAAAUGGUUUUCUGUGGGUUUGGGGCUCAGCCCAGAGGAGGUGUGGGAGGAGGGCAAUCGUUUUAUUUUAAAAGGCAAACUCCUAAAAAAACAAGAGAGAGCUGAAGAGAAAUGCUCUCCGUUCUCCAGUCCACCCUCAGUCCUGGGACAAUGAUGUUUACAGAAGUUUGCUGGGGGAGAGGGUGGGAUGGAACGGGAAGAUCUUUGGGGAUUUUUGUCUAUUUCUCAGAUGGUCACUAGCCUUGACCUUGAGCUGAACGGCUCAGGUCAGAGAAGCCCAAGCAGGAAAGAGGGAGGAGGGAGAAGACCCAGGACCUGUAGGUGUCAAAAGGCCUUCUCCAUCCCGCCAUCUUGGGUUGGUUUGCCAGAGUUUAUUGCAGUUUUUCUAAGCUUAGGUUUUCCCAGAGACCUUUGGGCCAGGGUGGGCGGCAAGGGGAGCUGGGACCUGGGAGGAAAAAGUGGGAAUUUCCCACUCAGCAGAUACCCAUCCCCCCCAAAACCCUCCCCCUAACAAAGCCCCUCCUUCCCUGCCGUGCAAACAGCUCAGUGUGAAUGGGCAUUUAUCCACUUCCACUCCAGAAGGUGAGGAUUCUUCCAGUGUUUAUGCUGUAAGGAAGGGGCUUUUCUUUCAAAAAAAAAAAAAAUUCUGUGAUCCGCAUCCACGGGGGAACCCCUAGUAUGGAAAUUCCCUCCUCUGGAUCAGAUUGGCACCUCCUCUGAAACUGAUAAGCGUUUAGUCUGGGAAGGCCGCCAAGGGCGCUGAAACGCGGACCGUCCUGCCCGGCUAGCACGCGGCCGGGGCCGGACCUGAACCCGUCUUCCUUAUUUUAAGGCCAGAUCUUCAGCCAUGCUGCCUUUUGUAGUUAUGUGCUCCCUACUCCCAGCAAACACACACACAUACACACACACACACACACAC